UAUUGGCUUAAAUGAAAAAAUCUCUUUGAAAUCGCUAGAAUUAUAGUGAAUCGAAUUAGAAUAAUGCAAUUCAGAUUAAAAUGAAACAUUGCGUCAAUUGAUAUUAAUUUAUUAAAAUAAAGCAACAAUGGGGCGUGGCCAAGCGGUAAGGCAGCAGGUUUUGGUCCUGUUAUUCCGAAGGUUCGAAUCCUUCCGUCCCAGGUGGAACAGUAUUAUUGAAAAAAGAAAUAAGAAGAAAAAAAAUUCUUUUUUGAUUUCUCAUCCUUUCAUAGACUAUACUUAUAGAACGGAAAUAUGAUUUCAAUAAGAUCUAAAUAUAGAAAGGGAUAUUUUUGUGGUGUACGAUGGGAAUACAGAUCAAAUUGAGAUAGAGAUAAAGUCUAAUUUAUGAAAUUAGCCUAUUGGAUGUACGCUGGUCCUGCUCAUAUUGGAACCCUACGAGUAGCUAGUUCUUUCAAAAAUGUGCAUGCCAUUAUGCACGCUCCUCUAGGAGAUGACUAUUUCAAUGUAAUGCGUUCUAUGUUAGAACGCGAAAGAGAUUUUACUGCUGCAACUGCUAGCAUAGUAGAUCGUCACGUACUAGCACGUGGAUCUCAAGAAAGAGUUGUGGAUAAUAUUCUCCGGAAAGAUAAAGAGGAACAUCCUGAUCUUAUCAUAUUGACACCUACAUGUACCUCUAGUAUUUUGCAAGAAGAUUUACAGAACUUUGUGAAUAGAGCAUCCAUAAUUUCUGAUUCCGACGUAAUUUUUGCAGAUGUUGAUCAUUAUCAAGUAAAUGAAAUUCAAGCAGCGGAUAGAACUUUAGAACAGGUGGUUCGAUAUUAUUUAGAUAGAUGUCAUAGACAAGAAAAAUGGGAUCAAUUUCUAACCGAUGUGCCUUCUGUCAAUAUAAUUGGAAUUUUUACAUUGGGUUUUCAUAAUCAACACGAUUGUCGUGAGUUAAGACGUUUAUUACGAGAUUUGGACAUCCAAAUUAAUCAAAUAAUUCCUGAAGGAGGAUCUGUAGAAGAGCUUCAAAAUUUACCAAAAGCUUGGUUCAAUUUAAUUCCUUAUCGUGAAGUGGGCUUGAUGACAGCAAUGUAUUUAAAUAAAGAAUAUGGUAUGCCUUACAUAUCUACAGCUCCCAUGGGAGCUGUAGAUAUGGCGGAGUGGAUCCGCCAGAUUCAAAAAAAUGUGAAUACCUUGGCUCUUAGUUCAUCGAGUAAAAGAGUGGAUUAUGAACCUUAUAUCGACGGACAGACUCGAUUUGUUUCCCAAGCUGCUUGGUUUUCAAGAUCUAUUGAUUGUCAGAAUUUGACGGGCAAAGAAACAGUUGUUUUUGGUGAUACAACGCACGCUGCUUCAAUCACUAAGAUACUUGUUCGAGAAAUGGGGAUUCGUGUGAGUUGUGCAGGUACUUAUUGCAAACAUGAUGCGGAAUGGUUCAAAGAGCAAAUUCAAGGUUUCUGCGAUGAAAUACUGAUCACAGAUGAUCAUGCUGAGGUAGGAGAUAUGAUCGCUCACAUGGAACCAUCUGCAAUAUUUGGUACUCAAAUGGAACGUCAUAUUGGUAAACGUCUUGAUAUUCCUUGUGGAGUUAUUUCUGCACCAGUUCAUAUACAAAACUUUCCCUUGGGAUACCGACCCUUUCUAGGUUACGAAGGUACUAAUCAAAUAGCUGAUCUAGUUUAUAACUCAUUUGCUCUGGGUAUGGAGGACCAUCUUCUAGAUAUUUUUGGUGGUCAUGAUACUAAAGAAAUAAUAUCCAAAUCAUUGUCUACGGAUAUAGGCCUAAUUUGGAAUCCUGAAAGUCGACUAGAAUUAAGUAAAAUUCCUCGUUUUGCCAGAGAAAAGGUAGAAAGAAAUACUGAGAAAUUUGCACGACAAAAGGGGAUUGAAACCAUUACUGUCGAAGUAAUGUACGCAGCUAAAGAAGCGUUGAAUACCUAGCUCACUAGAGCAAUGAAUAUAUACAUAUAUAUAUAUUCAAAAUGUAUUAUAGAAAUUGAGUUAAUGACUAUUCAUAAUUACAUAUCCAUUUUGUAUCAGAUCAGAGAUCUAUCUUAUCAUAAAAAUGAGUCUAAAAGCAUGUGGUAGAAAGCAACGUGAAACUUGAACGACAUGAUUAGUUCUGUGGAUUAUGGCAUCCGCUAUUUUGACUCGAAGAUGCUCUUAGCUCAACAUUUAUCUCCUUAAAAAGAUAUGUUUAAUAGACCAGGUAUCGAUUUCUUUUUUUUUUCAAUUAGGGGCAGAAUCUAGGGUUAAUGUAAAUUAAAUCAACGAGCUAUAACCACUUUGUAAGUUUACAUCGAGCUAAAAAAAAAAAAAUAGAUGAAAGACGGCAAGUGGAGAGAAAUAUUCCACUCUAUUAGUAAUAUUAUCUUAUUAUUUAAGAUAACUCAAGCAUACUUGAGCUAAGAAUACAGAUUUUAUCUGUCAUUUUCCUUUUUUAAUAAUUAAAAGGAAUAAGAUAUCUAAUAUUAUCUAUUUGUUCUAUAAUUAGGGAGAUCCUAAUUAAACAAUUAUUUCAAUUACUCGAGCCGUAUGAAGAUAAACCUUCAUAUACGCUUUCCAGGGGGGGGGGUAGAAGGAGGUAUUUUGUUUAUCUAGCCCAAUGAGCUACCUAUCGAAUUGACGUUAAGUCUCGAAGCGAACGAAGAGCUCUUCAGGAAUUGAGUUUUUAGAAUCCAAUGAAUAAGAAUGAAACUCGUUUAAUUUAUAGUGCUAUUGUUCAUUUUCUCGAAUUAGGAGCUCAACCUACGGAAACUGUUCAUGGUAUUUUUAGGGAAAAAUUGAUCAUUUUAAACGUGCUUUAAAUUUAUUAAAAAAAGGGAGGGGGAUAUAAAUAAUGCGUCUACGUCUAGGUCCAAUAAAUUUAUCAAUAACUUUCAAUCAUAUAAGAUUUUUUUAUUAUACACGUUUUGUUUCGUGGUUGUUUUCUUAUUAUCCAUUUUUAUUUCUCUUAUUAUAUGUUCAUUUCAUGUAUUUUUUUGCCCUGCGAUCUUAUAUAGGGAAGCACAUAAGGAAUCUUUUUCAACGUGUAUGGAAAUGAAAAAGAUUAGAGCUGUUCCACCGAGAACGAACCGAAUGGAGGAAAUAAAAAGCGAAAAAAUUUGAUUAUAUUUAAUGAAUAUAAACCUUUUUUUACUGCCAUUCCUAACGGUCUUCUCUUUCUAUUUCUAAUAAUUUUUCAUCUUAUUAUAGUUAGUGCCAAUCCAACAGUCAAUCCCAACAUUUUGGGAUUGACAAUA